AUGGGUUCCUUGUGUGUUAACUGUUUAAAGUCCCUUAUCGGCUACAGUAACUGGGUCUCGCGUUACUACAGUAAGACUAGACUUCGGGAGUUAGCGAGCACAACAUCAACAACAACCCCUAUUAACCCUAACAGCGCCCGAGCCGGAAGAUACCAUCUCGGGUCGGGGCGAAGAGGUUAUUGCCGGAGUUUGAUCUACCGGUACGAUAGAUGGUCGAGUGGUGUUUCUGUCUACCCGCGGUGCUUACGCAGACGGAGGGUUCACUACGUAGAAGCUGGAACUAUCAUAUCAUCCGGUGAAUUACUAUCCCUCCCCGACCCUUGUGUGCCUCAUACUUGUACUUGUUGCUAAGAAUUAUCAUUGAUGUACUCGUAGUACACGCCCUAGACGGACCACCUCGACCCUAAAUUUGGUAGAAGGCGCGAUCACACAGUGACCGCGUUGGGUACACCUCUACGCCACCGACAAGUUCAAGUCACACAUUGCGGCGGCGGCGGGGAUAAAGGGGCAGGGGACGCGCUGGAGCACACCGCUGCGGAUUUCGGUCGGAUAAUAAAUUGCGGGUUAGUGUCGCGGGGGUUGUUUGAUACCGCUCGGGCGGUCGCAGGAGAAAUUGUUAAGAACGGGGAUGGGGGGUUAAUUGCAUUGAUUGCUUUUGUGAGUGCGACCAUUGCUGACAAGGGGAACCCGAACCCCCCUCCUCCGCUUUUUUAAGGCCACUCACUACCGUACAGAGCCGCCGCAACCUGGUUAUGGUAUCAUAGCUACAGUAGAAACCUAGCAUCGGAAUGGGGCCCCGCGUCAUCAGCGUCAACUCUACUCGUAUCUCGCCGGGAUACUUGUAUAUUGUUACCCCGCUGACCUAGCAUGGCCUCAAAUCUUCCCUGGAGAGGGGACGAUUCCUCCUGGAUGGGGGUAUGCCGGGAAGGCUGAGCCGGAGGAUUACAGUGGCGCUGGGGGCAUCAUGUGUGGUAAAAAAAGCUUCAACAACCGAGCGGGUGUAUGAUUUGGCUCACUCCUACCUUGUGUUUGGUGGU